AUGGCGGACGAUGAUGUCGAUCUGUUCCGCGAGGGUUUCGAGGCCGAUUAUAGAGACCGAGAGGACGAUGUCUAUGAAGGAGCGGGAUUGGAUGACGAAGGCGACUUUGAUUCUAUGGAACUAGGCGAAAGACGGCGGCUGGAGGCCCAGCUGAAUCGACGAGACAAAGAAGUUGCCCGUCGGCAAAGAAUCCCUGCCGCAUUUCUCCCUGGCGAUGACGACGACGGCGAUAUCGACCUGACGGCGCAGCCUCGCAGACGCAGACAUCACUACGACGAAGACCCUGAUGAUGCCAUGGAUGCUGACAUCAUGGAAGAGGAGCUCUCCCUGGAAGCUCUGGGCGAUGUCAAAGCCUCCAACCUGACAGACUGGGUGUCUCAGCCUCCAGUUCAGCGGACCAUCAAGCGAGAAUUCAAGGCAUUCUUGACUUCCUACAUUGACGCCUCUGGCUCUUCCGUCUAUGGUAACCGCAUUCGCACGCUGGGUGAGAUCAAUGCAGAGUCUUUGGAGGUCUCGUACGAGCACCUGGCCGAAAGCAAGGCCAUCCUUGCCUACUUCCUGGCCAACGCCCCAGCAGAGAUGCUCAAGCUGUUUGAUGAAGUAGCCAUGGAUGUUGUGUUGCUACACUACCCUGAUUAUGAACGCAUUCAUUCCGAGAUUCACGUCCGCAUCUUCGACCUGCCUGUCCACUACACUCUUCGACAACUGCGUCAAUCGCAUCUCAACUGCCUUGUGCGAGUUAGCGGCGUUGUCACUCGUCGGAGUGGUGUCUUCCCUCAGCUCAAAUAUGUUAAAUUUGACUGUGGCAAGUGUGGUGAGACUCUGGGUCCUUUCCAACAAGAGUCACAUGUCGAAGUCAAGGUCACAUUCUGCCAGAGCUGCCAGUCCCGCGGCCCUUUUACUUUGAACUCUGAAAAGACCGUCUAUCGCAAUUAUCAACGACUCACACUGCAAGAGUCGCCGGGCACUGUUCCCGCCGGUCGUCUUCCCCGCCACAGAGAAGUGAUUCUCUUGUGGGAUCUUAUUGACAAGGCCAAGCCUGGCGAGGAGAUUGAGGUUACUGGUGUUUACCGAAAUAACUACGACGCUCAGCUAAACAAUCGUAACGGCUUCCCUGUUUUCGCCACCAUUCUUGAGGCCAACAACGUUGUCAAAACCCACGAUCAGCUUGCCGGGUUCCGCUUGACCGAACAGGAUGAGCAGGAGAUCCGAAAAUUGGCUCGCGAUCCCAACAUUGUGGAACGAAUUGUUAAUUCAAUCGCCCCCAGCAUUUACGGACACACUGACAUCAAGACGGCGGUUGCUCUAUCUCUAUUUGGCGGCGUUGCCAAGACUGGCCGAGGAGCACAUCACGUCCGUGGUGAUAUCAACGUGCUCCUUCUUGGUGACCCCGGAACGGCCAAAUCGCAAGUCCUCAAGUAUGUCGAGAAGACUGCACACAGAGCUGUGUUUGCGACUGGUCAGGGUGCUAGCGCUGUUGGUCUGACGGCUAGUGUUCGUCGAGACCCCUUGACCAGCGAGUGGACGCUUGAAGGCGGUGCUCUUGUCUUGGCAGACAGGGGUACAUGCCUCAUCGACGAGUUUGACAAGAUGAACGAUCAAGACCGAACCUCGAUUCACGAAGCCAUGGAACAGCAGACCAUUUCCAUAUCCAAAGCGGGUAUUGUGACUACUUUACAGGCUCGCUGCGGCAUCAUUGCUGCUGCCAACCCGAUAGGCGGACGAUACAAUUCAAUGAUUCCGUUUUCGGCCAACGUGGAGCUGACAGAACCUAUCUUGUCCCGUUUCGACAUCUUGUGUGUUGUGCGGGAUUUGGUAGAGCCAUCUGAAGAUGAACGGUUGGCGAGGUUCAUCGUUGGUUCUCACGGGCGAAGCCAUCCUUUGUCACAGGCCCGUCCAGACGCAGAUGGUACUGCUGCUACCACACAAGACAGUGCAAUGGACACUCAGCAAACAAGCGCAUCAAGAGGUCAGAGGGAUGGCACAGAGAUUCCGCAGGAGCUAUUGCGCAAGUACAUCUUGUAUGCUCGCGAGCGCUGCAGCCCCAAGCUCUACCACAUGGAUGAAGACAAAGUAGCGCGACUUUUCGCCGACAUGCGAAGGGAGUCUCUUGCCACAGGAGCUUAUCCGAUCACUGUUCGUCAUCUUGAAGCCAUCAUUCGAAUCAGCGAAGCGUUCUGCCGAAUGCGUCUCUCCGAAUACUGCUCAGCACAAGACAUUGACCGAGCAAUUGCCGUUACAGUAGAGAGUUUUGUGGCCAGCCAAAAGGUCAGCUGCAAGAAGGCUCUGGCACGAGCCUUUGCCAAGUACACGCUGGCCCGGCCGGGUGCGAAGAAGGGAGCGAGCGGAGCCAGCCAGCGGCGGCCCGACGCUGUGAUGGCGUGA